GCUCUCCAAGGGCUGGGCCACGCCCCCCCGGCCCCUCCGCAGCGGCCGCCCCGGCCCGGGCUUGGGGUAGGCCGGAGGCACCGGGUCCUGGGGCUCUGGCGCCCCGGGGUGGGAUGGUGGGGGUCCCCACGGGGCAAGGACGUUGUUCGCAUGCAAAGGGCCUCGCCGGGAACUGGGGCCCGCUGAGCCGCCCGCCACACUGGGGUGCCUUGCAGUCCCCGCACUGGGAGCAUUAUGAAGUCUCCCUCGGCCUCUGGGUAGCCGGUGUCGGCGGCACCUUGCCGGGGGGAAGGAGUACGUUGAGGGGGACCGAAGCCUACUUUGCCACAGCCACUUCCGCCGACGGUGGCCCGAGGCUACGCCAGCGCACCUGGCGGGGCACCUUACUGCCUGCCAGCCCAGUCCCCUUCCAGGGCCUGGCCGCCCCCAGGAGCUUGGGGUGUGUGGCAGCGGUUUUGCACAAGUCUGUUGCUCAAGAAGUUGUCGCUGCCUGCCCGCCUGCAGCGCUGAUGUUACCAGUAGCAGCGCGUUACCGCCGUGAGCGCCGCCGGGCGCCGUGCGGUGGGUGCUGCCCUGCCUGAGAAGGCCUCGAAGCAGGCUGGAGUUGCUCAGCCCUGUGGUUGUGCUUGUGCAGCUGCUCAUGAGCCGCGUUAUCAGCUGGCUGCUGAAACGCUUUGGGCUCCAGAUAACUGUCAAAAAAAAAAGUGCAGGACCUAUUUCUUUAUCGCUGUUAAUUCCGGUUUACAUCAUGGUCAUGCAAGCCCUUGCCUUGGCAAAGUGAAGAGGAGCAGUAAACAGUGGCGAAAGAGCAGGAUCUUAUGCUGAAUACAGAGGCAGCUUACCUUCCUCCAGAGGAAGCUUGCAGCCUCAGAACCCUGUUGCUUAUAUCACUAACAAAGUUUGCUCUUAAGCAGAGGCUGUAAUCUAAAUCUCUGAUGAGAGCAAAUUCGGGCUGAGCAGGUGGGUGGAAUAUGCAAAGCAGUAAGGUAAUUUCGGUCACUGCGGUGCAUGAUUAUUGCAGUUCACCUGCUGUUUGAGCUCUGGGAGGAAAUGUGACAGAAUUUUUAAGAGGAAUUUCGUGGGGCACACAUCAGUUUGGUUUUCCAGUAAUAACAGCCUAAUGCUUUGUGUUGCUUAGGGCACUUUUUGCUUUGUGAAAAUAAGCGUCUGCAGGUGGGGUAUAUAUAACAUAAAGCUCUUAACCAGUUACUGGCUAGUGUGGGCAAAAGAAAAAGUGAGGCUUACAUGAGCUGCUAGACUACUAAGUGUUUGUCUGCUCAUCAGCCCAGCCCAGAUGCCAGGCAGGCGUCCUCAGGAGGGUCAGCCUCUGCUGCUCAAAGUUGCUAUAUUCUGGCUCGCUCACGGUUUGUUUUUUGUUUGUUUUAGGACCUUAUGCCUUCUUUUUUGUUUGCGUUUUUCCUCCUGAGUGCUUUUAUCUGUAUCUCAAAUAGUGGUCACAGUGGUCCAUAUCUCAAGAAUGUUACCUCUCUGCAGCUCUGCUUUCCGUAUCUUGGUGUGGCUCUACUGUGCAGCUUCUUGGAAUAUAGCAGCUUCCUCAGCAAUCGGAGCCAAGGUCACGCAGCUGCGUGUAUUCAGCAUGGGCCUUGGAUCCUCACUGACAGCUGAAGCCAUGGGAAAAGGCCAGGAUAUAUAAAGCAUGGCCCAAGCAGAGAAGAAAGGUGGCCUGCUCCGGAAGUCUUCAGCUUCCAAGAAGCCAUUGAAGGAGAAAGUUGUGUUGAUGUAUGAUGAGAUUUUCACGACAGAGGAUCCCAGUAAAUGCAACCCUAGGUUUUGGGAGGAGCUGUUUCUCAUGAAGGUCAACUUGGAAUAUCUAGAAGGCAAGCUGGAGGCUCUGGAUGGGGAAGAGUUAAUGAAGAUAAAAGAUAACAUCAACUGCUUGUUUCAGCACUGCAUCCAGGCACUGGGUGAGGAGCACCCAAUCAGAGUGGUCAAUGCAUUGCAGACUUUGUGUGCGUUGAUUAGGGGUGUCCAUCAGAAGAACAAAUCCACUUCUGGCUUUGACAUCAUCAACAUGCUUGUGGGUUUUGAUAAAGCAGAACUAUGUAUGAAGAAUCUGAUGGAGAGCUUGGAUUCGCUGCUCUGUGCAGAAGGUUCUGAAAGCCUCAAAAGCUUGUGUCUGAAGCUACUCCUCUGCUUGGUGACGGUGACAGAUAACAUUAGCCAGAACACCAUCCUGGAGUAUGUGAUGAUUAACAGCAUAUUUGAAGCUAUUUUACAGAUCCUGUCCAGCCCGCUUAGUCGCAGGGAACAUGGCUAUGAUGCUGUUGUCCUCCUUGCUUUGCUGGUCAACUACAGGAAGUAUGAGUCAGUGAAUCCCUACAUUGUGAAGCUCUCCAUCGUAGAUGAUGAAGCCACGCUCAAUGGAAUGGGACUUGUAAUUGCCCAGGCUUUAUCAGAAUAUAACAGGCAAUACAAAGAUAAGGAAGAGGAGCACCAGAGUGGUUUCUUCUCAGCUCUCACUAAUAUGGUGGGCAGCAUGUUCAUAGCAGAUGCCGAUGAGAAGAUCUCUGUCCAAACGAAUGAAGCAAUCCUUCUGGCCCUUUAUGAAGCUGUUCACUUAAACCGGAAUUUCAUCACAGUUUUGGCACAAAGCCACCCUGAAAUGGGGCUGAUGACAACACCAACAAGCCCGAUUCCAGCCACACCAGUCACUCCACUUGGAACCACCCCACCUUCUUCAGAUGUUAUAAGCUCUGCAGAGCUACCUUUGGAUGCUGAUGUGCAAACGAGCAACCUACUGAUAACCUUCUUGAAGUACAGCUCGAUUGUGAUGCAGGACACAAAAGAUGAGCACCGGCUACACAGUGGAAAGCUGUGUCUGAUUAUCCUGACAUGCAUAGCAGAGGAUCAGUAUGCUAAUGCUUUUCUCCACGAUGACAACAUGAAUUUUCGAGUAAACCUACACAGGAUGCCAAUGAGACAUAGGAAGAAAGCAGCAGACAAGAACCUGCCUUGUCGCCCGCUGGUGUGUGCAGUGCUUGAUCUGAUGGUGGAGUUCAUUGUAACACACAUGAUGAAAGAAUUCCCUAUGGAUCUCUACGUUCGGUGCAUUCAGAUUGUGCACAAGCUGCUGUGCUACCAGAAGAAAUGCAGAGUGAGGCUCCAUUACACCUGGAGGGAGCUCUGGUCAGCUUUGAUCAACCUGUUGAAGUUCCUUAUGUCUAAUGAGACUGUAUUGCUGGCUAAGCACAACAUCUUCACUCUUGCUCUUAUGGUCGUGAACCUGUUCAACAUGUUCAUCACUUAUGGAGACACUUUUCUUCCCACUCCCAGCAGCUAUGAUGAGCUGUAUUAUGAAAUCAUUCGGAUGCAUCAGAAUUUUGACAACCUUUAUUCCAUGGUUCUGAGGCUGUCAACCAAUGCUGGUCAGUGGAAGGAGCCUGCAAGCAAGGUGACCCACGCAUUAGUCAAUAUUAGAGCCAUCAUCAAUCACUUCAACCCAAAGAUAGAGUCUUAUGCUGCAGUGAAUCACAUAUCACAGCUCUCCGAGGAUCAGGUUUUGGAAGUGGUCCGGUCCAACUAUGACACACUGACCUUGAAACUGCAGGACGGGCUGGACCAGUAUGAGCGCUACUCGGAGCAGCAUAAAGAGGCUGCCUUCUUCAAAGAGCUGGUUCGGUCCAUCAGCAUCAAUGUGAGGAAGAACCUUGCUUUCAACACGCUGAGCCAGGAGCUGCUGCUGAAGGAAUUCUCUACAAUCUCUUGAAGCAGGGAUGCAGCCUCUGUGCAGGGCUGACCAGAGACAGGCCUGCCUGGGCAGGGACACUACAGAUCUGCAGCUGCCUGCAGAAAGGACUGUGUUUCUUUCAGGGGAGAGCCUUGCUGUUGUGUGCUUGAUCCAAAAGGCAUGUGUUUGAACAGGACUGGGGCUGAAGAGAGAAGAUUGGCAUGUUGAGGAGGAAGCUAUUUUGUAAGGUGCCAUGGGGGUUGGCAGCUGUUUCUGUGACGUAGCAAUGGGAGAUUCCCUCUACAGCCUCAGGGAAGGUGCACUGGAAGCCUUUGCAGCAGAGCUGGGAGAAGCUCACAACCAAAACAACAAAACUAGUCUAGCUGUGUGAGGCAGUUCUGCACCGAGGUGGCACCUCUGCUCUGUGGGAAAGCUCUCUGAGCCCAGUGAGGGCUGCUUUUCCCUAUCUGCUUGGUUCAACCUGCCCUCCUGCCAACGCAGUAAUGGCUUUGGGGUAUGAAGCAGUUUCCCCAAGGAGCACACCUUGCUCACUGCUGGCUUCUCAAACCAAGGCGGCGCAUUGCUGGAGAAGGAGAAAUUUUGUCACCAAGGCUGUUGGCUUACAGGGUUCUGUCUGAGCCAGUGUGCAGAAAUCCAGGGGCGUCAAACAGAGCACUUGCAACUGAGGGCCAGCUCUGCCUGGGCUCAUUGUUACUGCCAGUAGCCCAGCUCAUUGCUGCUGUUCCUGAGGUCAAGGGACAUUUUUAGAUACUCCUUUCUCAUGGGACAGAGGACAGGCUGAAUCCCUGCACCCCCACUCCCCUUAUUGUCCACCAGAGACUGCACUGCGACAAUCCUCCUCUUCCUCACGGGAGCAUCUGCCUUGCACACGUUUGCAAGCGCCUGGUGACCUUCAUGAGGUAAGAACUCCCCUUGUGUGUAGCACACAACUAAAACGCAGAUGGAGAAAUAAACUUCACUUCCUCACUUGCUCUCCCCUCUUCAACAAGCGACUUGCAGCGCUACAGUCUACUGAGAACUUCCUGAAGAGGAGCUCCAGGAAGAUGUUCUGGGGCACAAAUAGACCUUUCUGUUCCAGAAACGGUGUUUCAGAGGUGCUCAGCUCAGAGGUGCUGUGUCAGGCUGCCAACUCAGAAAUAGGCAGCACGAACACCCAUUCCUGCAUUUUCAUCUCCCAGCAGUGAUGCUAACAUCUGGCCUGACUAGAUGGGCUGAAGCAGAGAAGUUAUUUACAUCCCAGAUCCACUUUUCUUUUUCUAUAGAAAACAGGUUUCGGGGUAAAAAAAAAGUGCCUAGUUCUGCUCUUAGCCUCGUAGGUUAGAGUAGUGUGAGUUCUGUGAGUGUUCUGCUCAUUAACUACCAUUUUUAGGCAAGGCUUAUUCAUGCUAACAUGUUAACUGUGUUAAUGAUUCAUCCUUACCUGCUAUGAGCAUGGGGAACUGAAAGCUGUGCCUUUGGCCACCCUCUGGGCACAGCACCUGAUGAAGACCAUGCAUUUCCUUAGGAGCACUGACUUCUCCCAACAGAGAGGAUACUUUGCUUCAGCAUGGAGUUGUCUGGCUUUUAUCAGCUAAGCCAGACUCUUAUUUGCUUUCUGCUGUGCAAAUGUGUGGAAGUGUGUACAUGUCAGAAGGACAGUGCGUGGGAGAGCAAGCAGGCUCCAUAAAAUCACUCUGAGAACAGGCCAGGGCAUGUAGAAGGAGGCAGCUUCUCCAGUGAAAAAGGAGUUAAAACGCAUCACAAUGUUGUCUGCAUGUGUGGGGAGCUCUUGCUAGGUGGUCUCACCUCUAAGGGGAAGGAGUUUCUUCUAAAGGGAGCUUGAGCUGCCUCCUUGAGGUGCAGCCCCAGCAUCACUGCUGCUGCUGGAACAUCGAGUCACACAACUGUCCACGUGUUUCCUUUUGUCUGAUCCUGCUUGGGCUGAGACUAGGCAGAUACACGAGAGCAUGGGGGUUGAGUCUGCCUCAGCAGCCUCUGGGAUUUUCAGCUCUUCACUCUGGCCUCACCUGUUGAAGACUCUGUCUUCCUCAUGGUGCUUCCUUGCUGGGAUGAACCAAGAGGCCCAGGCUGUGACUGGGAGCUGCUCCUAAGCUCAGCUCCUCACACAAGACUGAGCUGGGGAGAGGAUUGUGACACAUGUCCUCUUGUCACACCGUUGCUGAACCAAGCUCUGUAAAUGGAUGUACAUACAAACUUAGAGCUCAAUAAAUAGCAGAGCCCUGCC